AUGUACAGAUAUAGUAGUAGUAACAGUAGAUUAUUGUUAUUAUUAUUGUCUAUAAUAGUCAUUAAUAUAGUUGUUGCAGAUAUUGAUGUACAAUGGACAACUAGUAGUGGUGGCAAUGGUCAUUAUUACAAAUCUAUUACAGUAUCGUCAACUCUCAUUUCACAAUCAUCUGCUGCAUCUAUAUGCUCAUCUGAUACCACUUCACAUCCAGGUUUAAAAGGAUACCUAGCAACGUUUACUUCACCACAAGAAUGGGAUUUUGUCGUCUCUCAACAAGUUGUAAAAUCAAACCUAGCUGGUGCUUCUUUUUGGGUAUCUGGUGUUCAAUCAUCACCAGGUCAAUGGUACUAUGGUGAUGGUCCAGAGAAAAAUCAACGAAUGUAUAAUCUAUUUACUGAUCAAUGUUUUGGGUAUUGUGCAUUUCAAAAUUUAGAACCUGGAUUAAAGGCCAAUGAGAAUUAUAUUUAUACAUCAUUUGAUAAUGAUGGUCAUGUAUGGUGGAAUAAUGAUGUUAAUAGUGGUUAUGGUUACAAUUAUGUUUGUGAAUAUGGUGGAAUGGAACUUCCAUUUGUUUCUCAGGCACCCGUUACUGGUGGUCAAGUUGUUAUUAGUAAUUUGGCUGGAUUAAAUAUACCAGCUCUAUCGGUUUCAUUUGUACAUAAAACUACAUCUCAUAUCAAUGUUUGUACUUUUGUAUCAGCAACCUCUGGUGUUUAUAUUUGUUCUGUUCCUCCAAUGACUGGAGAAUUUACUGUAUCUUUAUCUGAUGGAUCUACUGUAAAGGCCACAUCUUAUAGACCACAUUCUCCAUUUAUAUCGGGUGUAUACCCAUCUCGUAAUCAAUAUGGUCAUGUAACAAUACUUGGUGGUAAUUUUGGUGUAGUUGAAAAUUUAAUACAGGUCUUUGUUUCAAAUGCUAGCGUUCCAUGUGGCAUUAUAGCUUUGUUAAAUACUAUUCAAGGUGAUACUCUUGCAUUUACAUGCUCUCUAACUCAAGCAAUUCCAUUGGGAUUAUCAUUCCUUCCCAUUAAAGUCAUUGUUGAUGGUAUAUCUACUACAAGUUACAAGACUCCAAUUUUUUGUAUUGAUAGAUUUUAUAGUUCAUCAUUUUUUGAUGCAGAUUUUCAAACAAGUAAAAAUGCAAUAGAAAAUAAUUAUCUGUUGGGAUCACAAAAAGGAUUUGUUGCAACUGUAGAUUCACAAGCACUACAACAAUGUCUUCUCAAUUCCCUCGUACAACUCUACAAAAAUGUACAAUGGGGUGUUUGGCAAGGUGUAUUAUUCGCUGGUGAUGAUGAUUUACCUAUUUUUACUUAUAGUUCUGGACCAAAUAUUAAUACAAAUAUGACAUUUCCAUCUACAACAACGAUUGAAACAGCUGCAAUGACAAUGGCAUCACCUGCAGCAAUUAACCUAAGUACAUAUACUGUUUAUUUUACAUCACCAACAGCUGCUGGUUUGAUAGCAUUUGGAGGAAAACCAAAAUGGAAGGCUCCAUUUUCCAAUAUUGUACCAACAUCUGGAUCAGAUCUUACACUUUGGGUAGAUGAUAUUGGAAAUCUUUAUACUCGUGAUAAAAUGUUUGUCCAAAUGGUUACUGACUCGGGAACCAUUAAUAUUGUCAUCAAAGAUAUUUCCUAUGUUGUAGGUCAAGUUUUCCAUUCAAUCGUUGUUCAAAUUCCAGCUGGAUACAAUGCAAACCACGCAAUUUCCUAUUCCAUCGAUGGAAGAAGCACUAGUAAUGAUAUGGUUAUCAGUUAUCAAGCUCCUGUAAUCCAAACGAUCGUCCCUCUUAAUCCACCAACCUCGGGUGGUCGAGUAACUUUUAUCGGGAAUGGAUUUCACACCAAUGCUAGUAUAGUAAAUGUUUAUUUGAAUGGUGCCUACAUUUCAUGUUUGGUCGGAAGUUUUACUAGCAUUUCUUGCAACAUUCCUCAAGGUGUCGGUGCAUUGGUGGGAAGUAUUACAGUUGGCUCUCAGUCAACAUCAUUCCCAACCACCUUUUCUUACCAAUCACCAGUUGUCCAAAAAGUUUCACUCAUUGACAAUCAAGUUGUUAUUGAAGGUAUAAACUUUGGGUUUGAUUCGGCACCAAUCCAUAUUCAACUUGGUGUCUUUACUUGUACCAAUGUUGUUUUGGUUACAGCAAAUACACUUGUCAAGUGUAUCCUACCAUCAAAUUUUGCACCAAUUGGAUCAGUAGCCGUUAUUGUAAAUGCUGGUGGCGUUGCAUCAAAUUCAAAUGUCAAUGUUGAUCUUGUCCCUCAAAUUGUUUCAAUUGACAAGAAACCAUCGACUAUUGGUGAUAAUAUUACUAUAGUUUCAAAUUUGGUUGGUUCAACCCCUUCAGUUUAUCAAGCCGAUGGUUCUGGUACUAUGAUCCUCCUCAUAUGUAGUCUUGUUUCAAAUUCAUUUAGUUGUCAAGUUGGAUCAGGAUUUGAUUAUUUCCAAAUAAUAGUUAAAUCAAAUGGUUAUAGUAGUAUUCCUUUUAUUACAAGUUAUCAAGAACCAAUUAUUAAAUCAUCAACAUCAAUUUCAAAGGGACAAGCAGGAAAGAUUACUAUUACUGGUAAUUCAUUUGGUUCAAAUAUUGUAAAGGUAUCAGUUUUGGUACAAAAUACAACAUGCACGACACCAAGUUUUAUUGACUUUUCUGGUGAGAUUGGUAAUCAAUAUUUGGAAUGUCUUUUUGAUGGAUUGGUAGAUGAUAGUCAAAUUAAAGGAAAAUCGUUAAAUGUGACAGUACAAGUUUCACAACUUGUAGGUACCAAUCAAGUGUUUAUUUAUAAUCCAUCCGUACAGAUACAAUGUCCAAAUAAUUGCUCUGGUCACGGUAUAUGCAACUACAACUUUGGAGAUUGCAGUUGUGAAGUUGGUUAUGAAUCAAAUAUCGAUUGUUCAACAAAAUCUUCUUCAAACUCAACCUCUUCCAAUACUGUUGUAAACGAAAAGGGUGAAACCAAAUUAUCCUUUGAUUUACCAAAGGCAGUAAAUUUUACUACUAGCAUCAAAUUUAUUAGAGAAGUAGACAUUGAUGAUCAAAACGUCAAAACAAUUGUAAUGAACACUGUACAGUGGACCGUCGAUAACAACUCAUCAACUUAUUAUGGGUCGUUACCAAAUGAUACUGUACAAUUUCAAGUACAAGUUUUAACCUACGUCAAUGCCACUUCUAUUACUUUUGCAGGUCAACCUUUACAAAUUGCCUCCAAUUCAAUCAAAUAUAAUUUUAAAAUUAGUAAUUAUAGUUGGGUAACAGCUCUAAGUUCAUUACAAGUUGUAUUUUUAACAGAGACUGAUUCACUCCAGAGCGGUGAUUGUGGAGAAUCAACGACAUCUAUUGAACAAAGCCAACAAGGAGACUCUGUCUAUUGGACCAAGGUGCAAGUUGGACAAUCGCUUCUCAACAGUAAAUUUGCAUCAAGAAUGAUAUUAGAUGGUCGUAUUGUCCAAACAAAGGUGACAAUAUUGGAAAAAACAGAUUCACUUCAACAAUUGGCAGACUCUGAUAACCCAGAUGGACUCAAUCUUCUCACUGCCAUCAACUUGUUUUAUUUUGGUCAGAAUGCCGAACUUGAUCCUUCAUUCUCGGCACUCUUGGUUGGAGAAGGUGCAGACAGUGGAAAUUGUGAAAGCGAGAAAUUCGCCACUUGGAAGAUCAUCACUAUAGUCGUUGUUGGUGGCGUUGCCCUUAUUGCUGUUGGGGCGACAAUGUUCUUGCUCAAAAAGAAAAACGUCAGACUUUAUUUUUCAACAAGAGUUAAUAGCGUAAAAAUGACUAGACGCUAA